CCGAGUUUACGCCUAGGAAACUGAAACGAACAGCUAACGAGUGUGUUGACUUUCUAAUCGCCAGUUUCGGAUAUUCGGACGAUUAUUUUAAGUGUAUGAAUCCGGGCAGGACGGACUGACCGUGUUAGCGGUGUUCUUCUCGGUGUGCCUGACCAGCAGGGAAGAAUGAGUUCUCGCUCAGAGCAUAGGGGCAUCCAUGUGGAUCCGUCAGACUUGCAAUGUAAGAAAGGCUGCAGUUUCUUUGGAAAUCCGGCCUGGAAUGGCCUCUGUUCCAAGUGCUGGCGGGAAGAGAACCAGCAUGCACGGGCCAGACAGAUUGAAGAGGACCGGGCACUGGCAGAGAGGCUGCAGAGAGAGGAAGACGCUGCCUAUGCGAGUAGUCACCAGGGGUCACACUCAGAGACCUCCACUGCCCAGUUCAGCAAAAUUGAGAAGAGAACUGGUCAGAAAUCACACACCGUCCCUACAGUGAAGAAAUUUUUCACUUCAUCUUCAAAGACAAGCCUGGGGAAAGAUGCCACAAUUCCAGAGACACAGUCGGCCCCCGCCGCCUCUCUUAGCCAGCAGCCUCUUGAGUCGGACCAAGCCACAAGACAGUUCAUCGACUUUCUGAAGACCCUGCAGAAGCCUGGACGAGAGAUCUUUAAACAGUGUCAUGCCUUCUGUCAACAUGUACUCUACAAAAAGGAUCUUAGUGCUGAGGAGCUUUCAGAAUCAGUGCAAGACUUUUACCAGAACCUGUCUGAUCGCUUAAACACACUUUACAAAGGGACCCCAGAUCGAGUGGAGGCUAUAAUGGAUAAAGUAGAGAAGUACCUAAUGCUUCAUUUGUAUGAGCAGGCCUUCUGCCCUGAGUCCGCAGAUGAUGAGGUCAAGGACCUGGCAAUCCAGAACAGAAUCAGGGCUUUACACUGGGUCACCGUUCAGAUGCUGUGUGUCCCGCUGAAUGAAGAGAUCCCUGCAGUGUCAGACAGUCUAGAUAAGGCCAUAACUGACAUCAUUGAGAUGGACUCAAAGCGAGUCCCCAAGGACAAGCUGGGCUAUGUCACCAGGUGCAGCAAGCACAUCUUCAGCGCUAUCAAACGGAGCAAGCGUGAGGCUGCCUCUGCUGACGACUUCCUGCCAGCGCUCAUCUAUGUUGUAUUGAAGGCCAACCCGCCCCGCCUACAGUCCAACAUACAGUACAUCACCCGCUUCUGCAACCCUAGCCGUCUCAUGAGCGGAGAGGAUGGGUACUACUUCACCAACCUGUGCUGUGCGGUAGCCUUCAUAGAGAAGUUGGAUGCCCAGUCUCUGAACCUAAGUCCAGAGGACUUUGAGCUCUAUAUGUCUGGCCAGCCAUCUCCUAAUAAGGUGCGGGACCCUGGAGACCCUUCGUCCAGCUUUUCCUCCUCUUCAUCACACAGCGCCCCCAGAGGAGAACCGGCGAGUGGCCACAGCACUGCCGUGGCAAAGACUUAUAAACCGCUGGACCUUCUGACAGGACUGGAGACGCGACAGGAGCGAGUUCUAGAGGGGGCACACAGGCUGGAGAAUGACCUCAUUGAGUGGAAGGACGGUGUGGAGCACUCAGUGCAGGACGUCCUGGAAGGACUUCAUUUGGAAACGCGUCCCACGACAUCGUCCGCCAUUGAUUCGGACAACGUCGACAGCGAGGGGCUGCCCCCUCCUCUACAGCCUCAGGUGUUUGCUGGGUAGCUCCCAAAUCUCCCUCCCACUGACCCAACCACACCAAAUGGCAAACUGACUGUUAAUAUUUAACCUUUCUGCCCGUCAGUGCUUGGGCCCUGCUGACUGCAGGCUUCUUUGGAAUGGGUGAUGGUUCCUCCCUUAAUCUACCUUUUUCAUCUUUCCUGUUCUUGGGAAAGUAUUUGCACAUUAUUCUGUUAUAGUUGAGCUCCUCUCAACACUUUUAAGUAAAGCUUUUAUUGUGAUAGAGCUGGCCAACACAGUCCGAGGCUCAUCAGAAGCUGAAUAGUUAAUGUGGUUUUCCACCAACAUAAAAAUCUUUCAUUAGGAAGAUGGACAGAUAGAAAUUACCAAUGAGCAACAAGCAAUAAACUAAAUAUGCUGUUAUUACUUGAACCACAACAGUAAGUAAUGUUUUGUUAAGGGUAGCCACAUGGUAAUAAGGACACCUAAUGAACUUACUAAAGGGGAGUUCCAUCGAUUUUUCUUUUUCAAAAUUUCUGCAUGAUUUAAUGGUUGAGAUGUAAACAAAGCCAUUCCGAGUGACUUGGUGUGAAAUGCUUCAUCAUCAAGAAACUUAUUAAGUCAGAUAUGUUCACAGUGAUGGUGAUAGGUACCAGACGUCCACCUGGUCCACUAAUAGUUAUUAGAUAUUGUUUUAAGAUAGUUUUGGGAUCAGAUCUGUUAAUUUAUUAAAAUCUGUUUAUGGAGCAUUGUAAGGCAAAUCACUCCCCAGAGAAAAUAUAUUUUUUUCAGAUGUACCACUAUUUUACUAUUA